GGCUCUGGCAUCCAACCUGCUGCCGCCCCGGCUGGGCCAGCGGAGAGCGCCGCGCGUAGAGCUCACGCUCGCGCUCAGCUCGCCUACCCGGCGGUUCAUGAGCGCGCGCUCCGACCACAGCCUCAGCGAGCUCGGGCUGUACCGCCGCGGCCCGCCGCCCGCCGUCGCCAGGGCACACGAGGGAAGGAAGGCAGAAAGGCAGGCGCGGCCGUGCGCCCCGCGGAGCCCGCCACCCCUGCCCGAAGCCCUGUGCACGGCCCCCCUGGCACCAUGCUGCCCGCGCGCUGCGCCCGCCUGCUCACGCCCCACUUGCUGCUCGUGUUGGUGCAGCUGUCCCCGGCUCGCGGCCACCGCACCACGGGCCCCAGGUUUCUCAUAAGUGACCGUGACCCUCAGUGCAACCUCCACUGCUCCAGGACUCAACCCAAACCUAUCUGUGCCUCCGACGGCAGGUCCUACGAGUCCAUGUGUGAGUACCAGCGAGCCAAGUGCAGAGACCCAGCCCUGGGUGUGGUGCAUCGUGGUAGAUGCAAGGACGCUGGCCAGAGCAAGUGUCGCCUGGAGCGGGCUCAGGCCCUGGAGCAAGCCAAGAAGCCCCAGGAGGCGGUGUUUGUCCCGGAGUGCGGCGAGGAUGGCUCCUUCACCCAGGUGCAGUGCCACACAUACACGGGGUACUGCUGGUGUGUCACCCCGGAUGGGAAGCCCAUCAGCGGCUCUUCUGUGCAGAAUAAAACUCCUGUAUGUUCAGGUUCGGUCACCGAUAAGCCCGUGAGCCAGGGUAACUCAGGAAGGAAAGUCUCUUUUCGAUUCUUUCUAACUCUCAAUUCAGAUGACGGGUCUAAGCCGACACCCACGAUGGAGACCCAGCCGGUAUUCGAUGGAGAUGAAAUCACAGCGCCCACUCUCUGGAUUAAACAUUUGGUGAUCAAGGACUCCAAACUGAACAACAGCAACAUAAGAAAUUCAGAGAAAGUUCACUCGUGUGACCAGGAGAGACAGAGCGCCCUAGAAGAGGCCCGGCAGAAUCCCCGUGAGGGCAUCGUCAUCCCUGAGUGCGCCCCCGGGGGGCUCUACAAGCCAGUGCAGUGCCACCAGUCCACUGGCUACUGCUGGUGUGUGCUGGUGGACACGGGGCGCCCGCUGCCCGGGACCUCCACACGCUACGUGAUGCCCAGCUGUGAGAGUGAUGCCCGGGCCAAGAGUGCGGAGGUGGACGACCCCUUCAAGGACAGGGAGCUGCCAGGCUGUCCCGAAGGGAAGAAAUUGGAAUUUAUCACCAGCCUACUGGACGCCCUCACCACUGACAUGGUGCAGGCCAUUAACUCAGCAGCGCCCACUGGAGGUGGGAGGUUCUCGGAGCCAGACCCCAGCCACACCCUGGAGGAGCGAGUGGUGCACUGGUACUUCAGCCAGCUGGACAGCAACAGCAGCAGCGACAUCAACAAGCGCGAGAUGAAGCCCUUCAAGCGCUACGUGAAGAAGAAAGCCAAGCCCAAGAAAUGUGCCCGGCGCUUCACCGACUACUGUGACCUGAACAAGGACAAGGUCAUCUCGCUGCCCGAGCUGAAGGGCUGCCUGGGUGUCAGCAAAGAAGUAGGACGCCUCGUCUAAGGCGCAGAAAACCAAAGGGCAGGCGGAGACCCGGGAGGCAGGAUGGCGCAUCGGACACCUAACCUUCAACGUUGCCCACGGCCCAGCCACACCCCCACGUAACCUAAGUGGUGCCCACCGUGUUUGCACUUUUAAUAACUCUUCCUCGUGUGUUCUCUUUUGGGUUUCAUUUUUCAACACCAGUAUCUAACACCACAGUGGGAAAAGGAAAGGGAAGAAAGACUGUGCUCUCUUUUAUUGUUAAGUUUUUGGAUCUGCUACUGACAACUUUUAGGGGAUUUUUUUUUGGGGGGGGAGGGAGGGUCUUGUUGGGACUAAGACAGAGAUUUAUAUACUGUAUAUAAAUAUAUAUGUAAAUUGUAUAGUUCUUUUGUACAGGCGUUGGCAUUGCUGUCUGUUUUCUCCCCCUCUCUGGGUCGUCGGGGCGCUGGAUACAUGGCCUGGUUCGCUGGAACCCAGGACUCCAUCCCUGGCACGCUCGGAUUCCCUUUGCAGAUGGACCCCUGUCCUUAGAGCGCAGACUCCAUUGGUUCUUUCCUGGUGGGAGGAGGGUGCCGCUUCCAGCCGCAGCUGUGGGAGCUGGCAAGCCGCUUGCUGGUUGACCUACCCGAGGAGGUUGGGUGAGGGACAGAUGUGAGCAGCCCCUGGAGGGAGGGCCGUGGCCGGCACAGGCACCCGUGCCCAGGAAUCCCCACAUCCAGCCCCCCCGAGUGGCCCAGGCUGGGUGACUGCCCAGGGUCCUGGUCUGCUGAGCCAGUUGUCCUCGAAGGAUCUGUGUUAGGCUUGAAACAUUUCCACCCAUGGUUAGCAGCUAGUUCAUGUGAAGCACGAGAGGGGAGGCAAAGAGGAGACAGCCACCCAGCGGGGGCUUUUAUUUAGUAGCUGUGUAGUAGCGGAGCAGCCGGGGGAGAGGACGGAAGACCUGCGCUUCUCACGGCCUGCACACCCCAAAUGAGGCUUCCCGAGACAGCUUCCAGGUUUUCUUCUUUUUCUUUGUAGGGCUGCACCUGCAGCAUAUGGAGGUUCCCAGGCUAGGGGUCGAAUCGGAGCCACAGCCACGCAGGAUCCAAUCUGUGUCGGAGACCUACACCACAGCUCACGAAAACACCAGAUCCUUAACCCACUGAGUGAGACCAGGGGUCUAACCAGCAACCUCAUGGAUCCUAGGGCUUGUUAACCACUGUGCCACAAGGGGAACUCCCGAGACCAGGCUUUUCUUCCACUCUCCUUCCUCUGUCCUCUGCUGUCCUCUGGCCGUUGGAAGCCUGAGGGAGGAUUGAGUCAGUCACCUUGUUGGUAACUCAGCCUUUAAAAAAAACCCAAUACUGAAGCUUUUCCUCUUCCUUUAAAUGCUUUUAAAGGCAUCCAGGCUUGAGGCCAAUUCCAGAACAAAACUCAUCUUGGGCCUCCCACUUCUGCCUCCCCUAGAAGUGCCUGAGUAAGAACCCAGCUGUGGGGAAAUGCCAGCCUCGCUUCCCAUUGGUGUUUUCCUGGGAUUCCCAUGUGGGCUGCCCAGCCUUUGGGUCAGACGCCACCUCCCUCUGCCCAGGUCACCAUGCCCAUCCCACAGCCAUCAGCCAGAGAGCAACAAGGGACACUUAGCGCCCCUUCCCGUGGACAGCCUUGGUGGCAGCAGGGGGGACAGGUAGCCCGGGACUGGUGCUUCUAUGGAUUAUUGUCGGAAAUCUGGCCGCAUCGCGUAUCCCAUCCCAGGAUUCCAUCCUUUGGCGGAAGAAGGCGCUUGCUGUCCCCGUGAAAGUCCUAGGGGUUAUCUCAGGGUGACUGGAGGCCCCAUCCCGACGUGGUAGGGUGGACAGGGUGCCCUUGUCUGUUAGCCGGGACCGGAAAGCUGGGCCUGCUGGGGCGGGAUGGACCGUCCAGGAGACUCCGGCCCCGAGGAAGCACCUCGCUGUAGCAAGUCAGAAUCUCCCCCGGGCAUCUUCUCUCUCACACAUGCCUGUGAGGCCGGGUCGUGUGGUUUUCCUUUGUGAGGAGGGAGGGAGACUAUUUGUAGCUUCUUUUAUAAAAAAUAAAAACGAGUAAACCUUU